AAAAAAAAAAAAAAAAUUAAUUAACAUGGAUUGAGAACCAGUGAACUACCAGCAGCAAAAGCUGUAGCCACUAUCUUUCUACCAAGAAAUGGCCGCCGCCUCCACCACCACCAGAACUCUCCUUCUCUUCUCCCCAUUCAGAACCUCCCUCGCCUCUUCCUCUUCUUCUUAUUCUUUUCACAAUUUCCCAAAACUACCCUUCUCCCCUUUCAAAACCACCACCACCUCUACCUACACCUAUUGCUGCUACCACUCCUCCACACAAUCCCAAUCCCUAUCCUCUCCUCCUCCUCGCCUCAACAACAACAACAACAACGUCAUCGAAAUCCUCCAGCAACGCGGCCUCAUUGAGUCCCUAACCAGCCCCGACCUCCACGACGCCGCCGUUUCAUCCUCACCUCUCAAAGUUUACUGCGGUUUCGACCCCACCGCUCAAUCCAUCCACCUCGGAAACCUCCUCGGCAUCAUCGUCCUCUCCUGGUUCCACCGCCUCGGCCACCAGCCCGUCGCCCUCAUCGGCGGCGCCACCGCUCGCGUCGGCGAUCCCUCCGGCAAGUCCCUCGAGCGUCCCGACCUCGACCUCGACUCUCUCCGCCGCAACACUCUAGGGAUUGAGUCCACUAUCGCCAGAAUCCUCUCUGAAAACUCCGUCAUCCUCAACAACUACGAUUGGUGGAAGGAGGUCAAGCUGUUGGAUUUUUUGAAAGAUGUGGGGAAGUACGCUAGGGUUGGGACUAUGAUGGCGAAGGAGAGCGUGAAGAAGCGGUUGGAAUCGGAGCAAGGAAUGAGUUACACCGAGUUCACGUACCAACUGUUGCAAGGCUACGAUUUCUUGCAUUUGUACAAGAACGAGGGAGUUAGGGUUCAAAUCGGCGGUAGCGAUCAGUGGGGGAAUAUCACCGCCGGAACCGAAUUGAUUCGGAAGGUUUUGCAAGUCGAGAAAGGAGCGUACGGAUUGACAUUUCCUCUCUUGUUGAAGAGCGAUGGAACGAAGUUCGGGAAAUCGGAAGACGGCGCGAUUUGGUUAUCGCCGGCGAUGCUUUCGCCGUACAAGUUUUAUCAGUACUUCUUCUCGGUGCCGGACUCGGACGUAGUGAGGUUUUUGAAAAUGCUGACUUUUUUGGAGCUGGAGGAGAUUGAUGAGUUGGAGAGGGAGAUGGGGAGAGUAGGUUACGUGCCAAACACGGCACAGAGGAGACUUGCGGAGGAAGUUACGCGAUUCGUGCACGGGGAGGAAGGGUUGAUGGAGGCUAUAAAGGCUACAAAGGCAUUGAGGCCAGGGGCGGAGACGAAGCUGGAUUGGGAGACCAUUGAGGGGAUUGCAGAGGAUGUGCCGUCUUGUUCUUUGAAGUAUGAUCAGGUGGUGAAUGUUCAGCUGGUUGAGUUGUCGGUUUCUGCUGGUUUGUUUGAGAGCAAAUCGGCUGCAAGGCGGUUGUUGAAGCAGGGGGGUUUGUAUUUGAAUAACAGUAGAGUGGAUGGUGAGGAUAAGAGGAUUGAGGCCGAGGAUAUUGUUGAUGGGAAAGUUGUUCUUUUGUCUGCGGGAAAAAAGAACAAGGUGCUCGUACGGAUAUCUUGAUUCUUCAUUGCUAUAAUCCAAAUACAUUUGAUUUUAAAUUAAAUUAGUCAGUGAAUUCCUUGUAUGCUUAACAAAACUUUGGAUUUCAUGUUAUGUAGAAAGACUAUGAAGUUAUAAUCAUGAAAGGAUUGACUCGGGACCAAUCUGAUUCUUUUUAGUAUAGACUGUCUAUGUAGUUUUUGAAUACCUUGUCUGAGUUUCCGAUUUCAUAAUCUCAAGUUUCUGCAACAUAUGAAACAA